GGUAAGCCCGCUCACUCCGUAUCCAUGGUGUUAUGACUGGGCAUGCGCAUAUCAUGUCCCUAAGUUGAUAAGAAUGGUGGAUGAGGCGCGCUUGACUGUUGUAGGUUUGUGACCGUGCUUCGAAGGGCAUACUUACGCAUACAAAUUUCACGCCAGCCACGUGAAACACACCGGCAAUCAACUCAGAGGGCGCUCUUACUGGAAUGCUGGACACUGAGUCCCCUGCCAUGGAAAGCAAUGGGGAUGCCUUUAUUCCUGAUCUACCUGUUCUAGGCCAAGGAGCUGAGUGGCCGCAUGACCAAGUUCCUCCAGAACAACUCUCUGCUUCUCAGGAUGCUCCUAACCAAGAAAAGCCGGAAAACCAGAAAAUGAACUCUGCGGAGCUAGGGUCUGUUGAGAAAGCUGUGGAACAAUUUCAGCUUGCCAGUGCUCAGCUCUUCCAAGACGAGCAGCCAGCGCCACCCCCACCUCCACCACCACCCACAGAAGAGGCAGAACAAGUAGCACCGCAACCUGCGCAGGAUGAAAGUCAAGAAGGGACUGAUCCACCACAGGCGGCUGAGGAUGGCAUGGAGCUUGAGGAGCCUUCCAAGGAAGCGGCACCAGAGAUUGCUGUCUCUGUGGAGCCUGAACUACCAUCAGAGUUUGACAAACUCUUCAAAGUAUGUGAGGACAACCCAGAAGACUUCAAUGCCUGGGUGACCCUGCUGCAGUAUGUGGAGCAAGAAAAUCUCCUCAUUCCUGCGAGAAAGUCUUUCGACGUCUUCUUCCUGCGUUAUCCCUACUGCUAUGGCUACUGGAAGAAAUAUGCUGAUCUUGAGAAAAAGAAUGGCAACAUACAGGUUGCAGAGGAGGUGUACAGAAGGGGCUUGCAGGCCAUUCCUCUCAGUGUGGACCUCUGGCUUCACUACCUCACCUUUAUUAAAGAGAACUCUGAUCUAACUGACCCAGCGACUGAAGGACACAUUAGAGCCUCCUAUGAACAUUCUGUGCUGGCAGCAGGCACAGACUUCCGCUCAGACCGCCUCUGGGAGUCCUUCAUAAACUGGGAGACAGAACAACAGAAGCUGUCCAACGUAACCACCCUCUAUGAUCGUAUCUUGGGUAUCCCAACUCAGCUUUACUCCCAGCACUUUCAGAGGUUUAAAGAUCAUGUCCAGAGCAACCACCCUAAGUACUUCCUGUCAGAAGGGGAAUUUGUUACACUCAGACACGAGCUUUCCAAAGCCAGUCUGUCGGCAGUGAUUGGUGAAGAUGGUGAGUCCACUGUUCCUCAGGAGGACCUUCCACCUGGUACAGAGGACCUCGCAGAUCCUGCUAAGAGAGUGACAGAGAUCGAGAACAUGCGACACAAAGUGAUCGAGGUGCGGCAAGAAGUGUUCAACCACAAUGAACAUGAAGUCAGCAAGCGCUGGGCCUUUGAAGAAGGAAUUAAGCGACCGUACUUCCACGUCAAAGCCUUGGAGAAGACGCAGCUGAACAACUGGAAGGAGUACCUGGAAUUCGAGAUUGAGAACGGCACCCCGGAGCGCGUGGUGGUCCUCUUUGAACGAUGCCUCAUCGCUUGCGCUCUCUACGAGGAGUUCUGGAUCAAGUAUGCAAAAUAUCUAGAGGGCUUCAGCACUGACGGCGUCAGACAUGUCUACAAGAAAGCAUGCACCAUCCACCUGCCCAGGAAACCAGCCAUCCACUUGCUGUGGGCAGCCUUUGAAGAGCAGCAAGGCAACGUGGAAGAGGCUCGUAGAAUCCUGACGUCCCUGGAUGCAUUGAUACCGGGUCUGGCAAUGGUGCGUCUUCGAAGGGUCAGCCUGGAGCGUCGCCACGGCAACGUGGAGGUUGCAGAGGCGCUGUUGAGGGAAGCAAUGGAGACGGCGGCAAGCCCCACAGACUCAUCGUUUUACGCUGUGAAGCUGGCCAGGCUGCUGAUGAAGGUGCAGAAAAACCUGAGCAAGGCCAAGAAGGUGCUGCAGGAUGCCAUCGAGAAAGACCCGACGAGUUCAAAACUGUAUCUCAACCUGCUGGAGCUGGAAUACGGUGGCGACCUUAUGCAGAACGAAGCAGAGAUCCUGGCAUGCUUUGACCGUGCCCUGAGCAGUCCCAUGCACCUGGAGUCCCGCGUGCUGUUUUCCCAACGCAAGGUGGAAUUCCUGGAAGAUUUUGGCAGCAACAUCCAUCUGCUUGUGGCUGCAUAUGAGGAACAGCAGAGGCUACAGAAAGAAGUGGAGUCUUCAAAGAGGAAGGCUGAGAACGGGUACGACAGCUCUCAGGAGCCAGAUGCCAAAAGGCAGCGUGUGGACGAUGGAACUGCAGCAGCAGUCGCUAUGACGGACAUGUCGGCAAACAACUCUGCUUAUAACUACAACUGGUAUCAGCAACAAUAUGGUGGUUGGGGACAGAAUUCUUGGGGGCAGUACAACCAGUAUGCCCAGUAUAACCAGUACUACCCUCCUCCUCCUACAUGAUGGACAUUCUGAAGAUGGAGAUCUCUUACAGGUUUCUUAAAUUUUGGAACAAAUUAUCUGGAUGUCAUGGAGAUUUCAGAUUGCCCGCCCCCCUCCACUUCCUCCUGGGUCACAGUUCAUACAUAUUUUACCCUCCAUGACAGUAGUGUGAAAAAUGUCUUUCCUCUUUUUAAAAAAAAAUAUCCCCCCCCCCUCUUUAAAAGAAAUAAAGCAAUUUUCCAUUUGUCAGCAUCACUUUUUGGGGGUUUAUAAAUGCAUGUUAUUUGGUUAUUUGUGAAGGCAGAUUUAUUUUCCGGUGUAAGCUUCACUUUUAGAUCAGAUGACUUAGGUUGGUCUCUUUCUUUGUUUAAGAUUUAAACUUGUAAAGGAGACAUUCAUUAAUGUUUGAACAGAGUGUCUUGUUCCCAAAAUUAAGAUUUUUAAUAUUUCAUGCUUGAUUCCACGAAGAGCAAUUACGAGUUCCUUGUUUCUUUUUUAUUUCAACUUUAUUUCAUAAUAAAGAAAUUGAUAUCCCUGGAUUUCUUUUAUGUCAAUGUUUUCAAAAUGCGGAUUGGUUUGUUCACAUAUUGCACAAAAUCUAAAGAUUAGUUUUUGAUGGAUGGCACAUUUUGUGAGCUGGUAAGUAAGGUGGUUCAUGGAAAUGGUUGUAUGGAAAUGCAGCACAAGUUGUAUAUAAAUGGGAGCAUUUAUUUAAUAAAGGGUAUCCUUUUUUUUUUCCUUUAGGGGAAUGCUUCUUUAGAAACUUUCUAAAGGGAAUUGAUGCAUUAAAAAUGGUCUAACUAAAAUGGCUGAUUCAAUUACAGAUAUGCCCCCGUUGAAAGUUUCAAAAGGGUGUACUGUAAAGAGUUACUAGCUGUGUGUCCAUGAUGAUGCAAGUGCGAAUCAAAAACGGGAAGGUUGUGAAAAGGUGUUGUAGAACACGGCCAUAAAGUAAUGGAAGGUGGUUGUAAAAUGAGGCGUUCAGGGCAGAAUUGCAAGAAAGUAUAUGUAAAUUGACAAACUGCUCAUUCAAAGAUAGCAAAUAGUCUAGAUUUUUGUUCAGCGUGGAAAUUAGGGGAACUAAUGUUUAAGAUGAUGUGAAAUAGAGAUGGUAUCAGAACAAUAAUUAGUCUUUCAUUUAUGAAUUUCAUCCAAAAAAACAACUUCUGAAAGAUUAAAUAAUGCGCUUUUUUUCGUUCCAUUAUUAAAUUACUACAUUUAUUUUAUUUUCAUUUACUCGUUUUUAUUUUAUUACAGGUUGUUUAUAUGUUCAGUUACAUAGAAUUGGACGUGUAAAAAAUAAAUUGGAGCUGUCUAUUCAAAGAAACUGCGUCAGAAUUAUUACAUUCAAUGUGGUGGGCGUGAUUACUGAUCC